AAAAGCACAGUGGGAAGCAGAAUAGCAGUCUACCAAACAGAUUGAAACUAAACGAUAUCUAAAGUUCAAUUCUGAUACUGUGUUGAUUGAUUGCUUGGACACAGUUUGGUCAACACCUUUGUCCAAGUUAUACUUGUACAUUUUAGAAAUUUAAUUAACACAGCAUUCUACCCAACCCUUCCUGCUGGGCUAGAAUCCCAAAAGAAGUGAGGGAUACACUUGACCUGAAGUAAGCAAAGCAGAACCCAGUCUCGGAGGUGAUGAAGCCCACCCUGUAGGGAGCUCAAAUGUGCCAUUGUUCUGCUUGUCUUUAUAAAGGGAGCUGCCAUGUUUCUCUCAUACAAAGCUGGGAGCAACACCAGAGCCUCCUGCAAGAUGCUUGUGAUUCUGCUGUCAGUGGCCCUGCUGGCCGUGAGCUCAGCUCAGAGCGUAAAUGAAGAUGUCAGCCAGGAAGACGUUCCCCCCGUGAUAUCAGAUGAAGGGGACUCUAACCAGAGCCCAGAUGAGGAGAGUCAGGAACCACCUCUUGGAGGACACCCACCUAGGCCCCCUGCUGGUGAUGGAAACCAGGAUGAGGGUCCUCAGCAGGGACCACCCCCACAAGGAGGCCACCACCACCACGGUCCACCACCUCCUCCAGGAAAGCCACAAGGACCACACCCACAGGGAGGCCACCACCACCGUGGUCCACCACCUCCUCCAGGACAGCCACAAGGACCACACCCACAGGGAGGCCACCACCACCACGGUCCACCACCUCCUCCAGGACAGCCACAAGGACCACACCCACAGAGAGGCCACCACCACCACCACGGUCCACCACCUCCUCCAGGACAGCCACAAGGACCACCCCCACAACAGGGGCAGCCUCCCCAGUAAUCUAGGAUUCAAUGACAGGAAAUGAGUUAGAAGAUAAGUGUUUCAAAUGCCAUGAAACACAGUAUGGUCAUCUAACUUCAAUAUGCCAAUAAAAUAAUCAGCUUGCAAUUCUGAUUUUGGUAUCUCUUCCUGAGUGUUUGUGAGUCUGGAAUCUGAGAGCUAUGAACAUGUUAUAAGGACAUCAUCCAGGACCCCUUCUCCUUGAUAUUUCCAGCAAGCUUCUCUCCUCCUUGGUUCUAAUUAAGCCAGCUGCCUGGGGAAGGAGGUCACUGUUUCUCUCUCUGUCCUCUACAGCUCACAUUUAAAUUUAAAAUUCUUUUUUCAGUUCAUUUACUGAUAUUCUAGUAAUCUUAAGAAAAUGAGAAAAACAUACCAAAUGCAAGGAAGUCCCAGAAGCUGAGACAAGGUUUUAUCAAGUUCCAAUGCAACUGGUUUUGUUUCUAGGGCAAUGUAUGCUGUUUUAUGCCUCUACUCCCCAGAAGCCACUCUACCCAUUUUCCCCAGCUAUAUCUUUGAUCAGUUCUGUCCCAGUCUGUGAUUGUCACCAUUCUUAAAGAAAACCUGAAUGGAUUUCAUCAAGGAGACAGCAGAAUUUUAAGGGGCUAAGAAUUUGGAAUCUCUCAGAUUUCAGUUUGGGCCUAACUCUUUUCCUUGCUAUUGUUGCUUUGGUCUCAUAGAAAGUGACAGAACUUUCAGAACUUCAGUUUCCUCUUCUAAAGGGAGAAUAACCAAAAUGACUGUCUUAAAGGAUGAAGACUAAGGAUGUAAUAUAAAUAAAAAUUUAAAAGAUUGGCAUGUCAGCCUCCCAGUAAAAAAUUUAGGAAAGAACAGCUGACAUUAAUUUGUGAGGAAUUAAAAACUUCAAACUAAAAAAAUCUUAAAAUUGCUUUAACAAAGAUCGAAUUACAGUUGUCUCUGGCAUUGUUUUUUUUCCCAGGCUUUCAAACAAAAUAAGAUAAUUUGUUCUAUUAAUUUUUUUAGCAUGUUACUUCUAACUAGCCUAUUUAUAAAAACUAGUUAGUUUUUUUUUUUUUUAAUUAGUACCUGCUUGUAUGUCAUCCAUAUUGGUAGAUAUUAGGUCACGUAGAAAUUCAAGUUUCUUUUAGCCCUAUAACAGAUUAGUAACAUAUUAGUUAAUAUAUUAAGAUAUUGCCAGCAUAAUGUCAAUGUUAAUUUGCCACCAAAAUUAAAGUAUCUAGUAUGAGAAAACAGGAAAGAACCUAGUUUAUAAGAGAUGGAAAAUCUAUUUUUUUAAAAAAAAUAAAAGAUGCAUGCUUCUUGUAAUUCCAUUUUAAAAAGUAUCAGAAAACAAUGCUAACUACUGAGUAAGAAGGGAAAUUUAAUUAUUGAUGUGUGAAUUUUUGAAAGAAUAAGAUAACAUUAUGUAAAAGUCCUCUGACGUAAAAUUUCAGUGACAUUGAUAUUACUUUAUGUAAUAUGUUAUUAGAUGUGGCUCAAGAAGUUGAGGAAAGGGUGAAUAUCAAAUAACCUAAUAUAAAUGGAGGAAUUAACAGGAAACUCUGUAAGCAGCUCUCACUGUAAUCACCAAUGUCAGUGAGCACAGAACAUUUUCAUGUCGAAUUUGUAGCUGAGUAACAAAAGGGAAUUCUAAUUUCAUUUUUUUCUAAGUUAUAAAGCAGGUUAACAUGUUUCCAAAUUUAUUCUGUGAGGCUGAUUAAUCAAAAUAUAGAGAUUCCUGCAAAGAUAUUCCUUUAAAAAAAUUCUCGGAAGCGUAUAAACAAGUCAAUGCUUUGCUGAAAAUAAUCCACCAUGUUUAAAGAGAAUGGUAAAAAUGGUUCAGUGUUAGAAUAUUGCACCAGUCUCAGCUGAUAGCAUAUGGGCUUUCACUAAGAAGUUCAAAAACAAUCAGAACAGAAUAAUCUCAUUACAACCACCACCAAGUUGACCAAUCACAUACAAGUUGCCCAGAGAACUGGGCAGCUUGAGCAUUUGUUUCUGGAAUCUUAACAUCUAUGCUUUGUGAGUUUAUUUCAAUCAGCACAAACCUGAUGAAACAUCUCCCAUUUUAACAAAGGUCUUCCUACAGCUGUAAAUACUUCUUUACUAUCACAUUGUUUGUUUGCCAUCCUUAUUGCAAAAGUUCUUGAAACAUCGUAUAGCUUCCAUUCUUUCACCUCCAAUUUGUCCCCCACAUUUAUUACAGAGGCUUUCAUCCUUUGUCCUCCAAUUUUGUGACAGUCAUCUUUGACCUUCGUUCCAGUCAAUCCAGGAGUCCAUUUUCAGUGUUGCAUCUUAUUUGACCUCUGAGUAAUGUAACACUAUUGAACACAUCAUUCUUCUUGGAACACUUUAUCAGCAUCUCUCAGGGUCUCUCACUGUCUCAUAGGGCUUCUGCUACCUCUACCGCUUCCCACCUGAGCUUCCCAAAGACAAGCUCAUUGUCUUUCAACUCUAUUUCUUCUGGGUAAAUGGCAUUUAUGUUAAUCUAUAUGAUUAAGCUGACUGUGAGUCAUUCUUGACUCUUCCUCAUUCAUCACAUUACAUCAGGUCAAACAGACUAUGCUAUCAUUUUAAAGCUCAACCUGCAAAAUACAUUUCUACUGCAGCCAUUUAUUCACUACAAUCAUCGCUGUCAUCUAAGCAAGCCUGAUUUCUACCUUACCCAAACAGCAAAUCUAUUGUUACCCAACAAUCAAUUCCCCACUGUAACUAUUCAAUAAUCAUAUUACAUGUGUAUAUUUUCCGGUUCAUUUUCACUUCUUUUACACCAUAAGAACAAAAUCCUAAUUUUGAAUGUGGUCAUGUUCCUUUGUAUGAAGCCCAGUUUUCUCUGAACUUAUUGACUGCUCUAUACCUAAUUGACUCUUCUAUGGCCACAGGAUCUUUCUCUUCCUCUUUCUCUCCUUCUCAUUCUUCCCAUUUUCUUUUAUUUUUGGAAAGUAUUCUUA